AUGAUACCAGUUAACGAGGAAAAGACACCACUUUUACCUAGAACUGGUAACGAUUUCGAAUUGUGGCCCAUGCUUCUUGCAAAGGCCUUGUUGAAAUUGUGCUCCUUGACAUGGACGGACUGCUAUGAAAUCGUGGAUUUCCAUCCUGUUGCUUGCUUAACUGGAUGGGUUUGUUUGCGACUGGAGGUGGGAUAUCUAUCGCCGCAAGAUAAAUGGGACUUUCUGAGAGAGUACGCGGAUCACUUCGAAUGGGAAGUGACGGAAGUCACGGAGCAGAAAAGUCAGGAAACGGCGAAGACGAAAAGAACCAAGGAUACGGAUGGCACGAAGAGGACCAAAGAGACGAAAAAAUCCACGAAAACUGAUCGAUCGACAAAAUCGGAGAAGCUCAAAGCUUUGAUCAAACCACGACCGGUUACCCUGUUCCUCGGUUUAGAAGACAUGAAACAAGUUUCGCCAGAUAUUGUUCCGGAAAUGGCACCUUGUUGGGAUCAUUUUGUUUAUAUAGUUCAGUCGCGUGGCAUUCCCUUGGAUUUGAAAGACGUGAAGCCUCCGUUGGCAAGAUGGAAGCUCUAUCGUUGGUUAAAAUGGGCCAUCAACGAGGGAACAAUCGAUCCAGUCGAGUACUUCGUACCGAUCCGAUCGCUGAAAGUCGUCAGCCCUCUGAGAAAAUGCGAGGAGAGCGUAAUUAACAAGUACAGUGCGACAACUAUGGAGGAAGAUUUUCGAGACGAUGAAACAAGUCAGAAAGACAAGUCUCGUGAAACGCCGAAGGAACAGAAGAAAACCUCGACAGAAUCGCCGGAGGAUAUUAGUUUCUGGGCAGAUUUCAAUCAAAUGGAACCGUACGUGAAAGACGUUCACUUCUUUUACAAACUCGAUUACUUCCGAUACAGCGCGAAAUUGUCGGAUCGAUUUCCAAGACCGAGACAGUCGAACGACGAAAAAUCGGAAACUAACAAGAGAGACAGUAAGAAAGGUAGCAGAAAAAGUUCGCCGUCCAAAGCGGCGGCCGAGAGUUCAGAGUUCAUCGACGCUUACAGCUGGCCCCGGAAAAUGUCGAAAACUAGGAACGAGCCUCUGUACGUCUUCGCCGAUUCGUUGGAAGAAAAAUUCUUUCUCAUAGAGUUCUCGACGUUCCAAGUGUCCGUCGAGACGUUCGAAAACGACGACGAUCACGCUGCGGCCCCAACGAUUAAAUUGAAGGGACACAAGGAUUGUUUAAGCGUGGAGCAGCACUGCUGGUUUCGCAGACCGGAGAGGUCCGACUGCUUCGUCUGCGUUUCGACCGCCGGGACAAAGUCAACCGUGAUGGAACUGGAUCGUGGGAGGCACCUCUUGCGAGUUUACUGUCACUCAGAAUCCGAUUGCUUCGUAUCCAUCUCAUCGGAUACGGUUUUCCACGUGGGUGACAGACGAAGGAUGUAUCAACUGAUGCGCACAGAGUCCGAUACCGUCGAUCAGAUGGUGAGACGCAUCAGCAUCUCCGUCAGUAGAGCCUAUCAAGCGUUCGGCACUGAGAAUUACUCGGGGGCCUUGAAGAUUUAUUACGGCAGUUACUUGCCACCGAUCGAAGACCGAAAGAAGGGGUGUAAGACGUUCUACGAUCAAAUACACGGCUAUUUCGUCGACGAACAGGUACAAUUAAUUAAGAAAAUCAUGCCCGAAGACGAGGUCCCGACUGUUCUACGAGCUCUGAGAAUAUUCUUUCUGAAUCACACUGUCGGCUUAGAUCGCUUCAGCGCGAUCUCGAGGCUUUCGAAGAACUCACGAGAACUGAACGUAGGAGGAAGUUUGACGGUGGAUGAAAACUACGCCGUUCGGCAUAACGCUGCAUUUGUUAUUCAAGCGUUCUUCAAAAUGAUCACUAUCAGGAAAUAUUUAAGGAUACACAACCCCCGUCACGAACAGCACGAGCAAGUUUCGCGGAAUUUGAUGAAAGUUGCGGAGUUGUAUAAUUACAAUAAGGGAGAGUCGUUAGCCAAUCAAGUGCUGAGGAAUAUUUUGAAGCAUCAUGAUAAAUUGUACGACGUGUACCAGUGCUCCAGGGACUUCGAACACGUCUUGCAAGCGCAAGAAUUGAAAGGGACGUUGACAAACGUCACGGCAAAUCAGUGGCUGCCUGUUGUAAGACUCGCGAUGAAUCCUUCGUUCUCGGAGACAGUCCUCGCCAGUAUAGACUUGUUCGUUAAUCUACCAAAAUACAGCGUACGCGUGUUUAAGAACGAGACAGGCCAAGAGGUACUGCGACUGGUGAACAACGUGGUCCCAACUCGUUACGAGCAUGCGAAACUCGGUUACACUCUCUUCUGUUACGGCUGGAGCGAUGAUCAAACACUGAAAGAGCUACCUUGGUCCUUAAACAUAAUCACGGUGAAAGGUCAACCCGUGUUUCAUUUUCUGAUGGACGAAGCAACGUUUCUUACGAUCAACGUGCCCCCUUUAUUGGCCAUAGAAGAAUUAUCCAACAGUUACAUUCCCAAUGCGGGGAACUACGUCUCCAAGUGGAUCGUUCGAAUAGCGAAACCCAGCGUGGUGUCGUUUAGACUGAGAGUAUCGUACGAGAAAGUAAGGAUUAGCUUGAGAGUCACAGACGAAGAGGGUCGGGUGUUGUCGCAGGCAAAAGAUACUUGCAUAGUCAUUUUACCGAUGGUGUAUCUGGAUCUCCGACGAAGAUCUACUGAGAUUACACCCGAAAGGAACGAGAUCGACGAUGAAAAUUCCAGUGAAGAAAAAAUCAAUAGCAACGAAGAUAGAAGCAAGGAUGAUCUACGUUACACGAUUUAUCACGUGGAAGCUUUGGUGCUUGAAAACAGCUGGCCACUGACUAGAACAGAAUGGAGUCUUGUGUCAGAGUUCAAGGUGAAACCAACAGGCUCCGUCGUUAAAACAAAAAUGUCACCUUACUCGAACGUGGGAAGACUAUCAAAGAACGAAUCGUUCAGAUCGAAGAAAGUUUCGAGGUUACUUGUCCAAAGUGUUCCAGCUCUCGAGUCGCCAUAUUGGGUUCUUCAAGUGGUUACUGAUUCUGGGAGUGGACUGGAGAUAUUCCAAGACAGGACGAAGGAGAUUGAGAUUGCGAGGAUGAAGGAAGCCUGGGCGAAAGAGAACCCUGACAGCCUGCAACGUGGAAGGGAGCUCCGUGAAGCUUUCAUAAAGAAACAUGAAAUCAAGUCCAAAUCGUCGAUAGAUUCGCCCGAGAAGAAAGUCCCGAGUCAUCCCGAGAAAUCGUUGAGGAGAGACGGCCAGCGUUUGUCGGUCGGGACAUCGGAGAUUUCAAUGGCUCAUUUGGAGGAGAGGACGUUGAAAACGCCUGCGUCUCUUCAUAAACUUCCUCCUCUGGAUCUGGCGGUGUACGAGGUCAGAGAGAAGGAGGAGGACAAACCACGGUUGAAGACAGAAUCGGACGAGGAAAUACUGAGGAACAUCCGCACGAUGAACAUCGUCUACGCUCAAGAUGAUUACGCGCACUUUCUCGAGGAACUGGAGAAUCUGUACAGGCGGCAGAAGUAUCAGUAUGAAACGUUGUACGGAAGAUAUUUAGAUGAAUUUCUCGACAGAAGAUCGAUACUGGAAGACGUGUACGAAGCUCGAAAGGCUUACAUCGAUAGCAUGAGGCCUGCUUCCAGCAUCAAAUCUACCAAGAAGAGCGUCAAGAGCAAGAAAUCUGAAACUUAGAGUAAUUAAUUUAGUUUAAUUCUGCUUUAGUAAUCUAAUGAUGUAAUUGUGAUAGA